UCUGCCCCCCAGAGCGAGCAAGCUGGGGUGGGCAGCCUGGCAGUAAGGCUCAGAUGUGGGGAAAGACGCUGUGCUGUGUCCCAGUGUCCCCCCAUGAGGUCCCCCAGGUGGGCUGGCAGCACUGUCACCCCACAUUGCUGCUCAAGGGCAGGAAAAAGGGCUUCGGGUAUCUUCAACCUUUUACUACUCAGGUGCGUUACGUGGCUUCUCUUGGGUUUGCAAACACAGCCAUAUCCAAAAGGGCAAAAUUUUGUGAGGCUGGAUGAAGAAAGGUGCCCUUCCUUCCUGCUGUUGUGUCAAUGAUCUCUUACCCCUGAGUGAAUCCCUAAAUGUUUUCAUUGAAACCCCUCCUCAGCAAAGUUAACCCAGUGACAGUAAGGUGCUUCCCCUUUAGUUACCUUAUGUGACCCUUUAGAAGGAACUUCUGUCCCCCAAGGCCUGUGACCACAGCCAAAAACAUUGGUAAUGGGUGUAUUGGGUCUUUUACUUUUGAACAAUUUUGUUAACCAUGCUCUUGUCCUCCCUGCUCCUGAUGUCGUUCCCUGCUUGGCUGUGAUGCAGACUGCUGGAGUCCAUGAUUCCUGUGAAGAUGAUUAAUUUCCCACAGAAGAUUGCAGGUGAGCUUUAUGGACCCCUCAUGCUGGUUUUCACACUGGUGGCCAUCCUUUUGCAUGGGAUGAAGACCUCGGACACCAUCAUUAGGGAAGGCACGCUGAUGGGCACAGCUAUUGGCACCUGCUUCGGUUACUGGUUGGGCGUCUCCUCUUUCAUCUAUUUCCUGGCAUAUCUGUGCAACGCCCAGAUCACAAUGGUGCAGAUGCUGUCGCUGUUGGGCUAUGGCCUCUUUGGACACUGCAUCACUCUCUUUGUCACCUAUAAUAUCCACUUCCAUUCCCUCUUCUAUGUCUUCUGGUUGGGUGUUGGUGGACUGUCUACACUACGAAUGGUUGCUGUGUUGGUGUCGCGCACCGUGGGGCAUACCCAGCGGCUCAUCCUAUGUGGGACCCUUGCUGCUCUGCAUAUGCUUUUCCUCCUCUAUCUGCACUUUGCUUAUCACAAGGUGGUAGAAGGUAUCCUGGACACAUUGGAAGGACCCAACAUGCCACCCUUUCAGAGAGUUGCCAGAGACAUUCCAGUUGUUUCCAAUGCUGUACUGAACACAACAGCCAAAGCCGUUGCAUUGACCCUGUAGUUGCACAGGCUUGGACUUACUUCCUUAACUACUUUCGGGGCUGCAUAGGGCCAUAAUAACCCGCUGCCUCUUAGGAACUGGACAGAACAGCAGGAAGAAAAUUUGGUUUUGUUUUCCUGGACCUGUCCUUUGGGUUGCAGUUUUGGGCAGCUGAGUGGACUGCACCUCAGUGACUCAGAAGAAG